AUAAAAAACAAUAAAGAAAAAGGGACAACCGGAAAACGCGGGUUUGUACCUUGGAUGUCUCUCUCAUUCGCACUCCAUGCUUCAGCCAGCAGCUUUGUCACUGUUUUAUGGGGUUCUCUGCUCUUUCAUAGAUUUUCAGAUCCGGGAGUUAAAUUGCUGAACUAUGAGGUGCUGAAGAAAUUUUCCUAAAAUAAUUGAGUGACAAAGUGAAGAAUUUUGAAACAGAUGGAAGAAAUACAAUCCCACUCUGAUCAUUAUAGGUCUUCAUCAUCUUCGGCAAGUAGUCCUGCUAGUAGGGUACCCUCAAGCAAUUUCUUUUACCUAAGGAAACCUGGAAUACGUAGGCAACCAAUAUCAUUUGAAGAUUCACCAGAAUGGGAAACUGAUAUUGAGGCGAAGGUGGAGGAAGGAGGUGGCCCUUCUAUCAAUGUCAUGCCCACUCCGGCAUCUGCAUCCCUUUCGAAGGUCAACAGUGGUUCGGUGUCAUCCCCACCUUUACCAGACAGAGGAGUGACAAGAAAGAUUGCUGGGGCUUCGGUUGCAUGGAAGGACUUGACUGUUACUAUAAAGGGAAAAAGAGUAUACUCUGAUAAGGUGAUCAAGAGCUCUAAUGGUUAUGCAUUGCCAGGGACAAUGACUGUGAUAAUGGGCCCUUCCAAGUCUGGGAAAUCAACUCUCCUCAGGUCCCUUGCAGGACGGUUACCUGGUUCAGCCAGAGUGUAUGGUGAGGUGCUUGUAAAUGGUUCCAGGUCACGGUUUCCAUAUGGGUCCUAUCAGGGAUUCGUUGAGAGAGAAACGACACUUAUAGGAUCUUUGACAGUACGUGAGUUUCUAUACUAUUCGGCAUUGCUUCAGCUACCUGGUUUCUUAUGGAAGAAAAAGAGUGUUGUGGAGGAGGCCAUCCAUGCUAUGUCACUGGGAGAUUAUGGUAGUAAACUCAUAGGUGGUCACUGCAAUAUGAAGGGUCUUAGGAGCGGUGAGAGAAGGCGUGUCAGCAUUGCCAGGGAACUUGUGAUGAGACCACACAUUUUAUUCAUAGACGAACCUCUUUAUCAUCUUGACAGUGUUUCUGCACUCCUGAUGAUGGUUACACUAAAGAAACUGGCAAGUACAGGUUGCACUCUGAUAUUCACCAUUUACCAGAGCAGUACAGAAGUUUUUGGUCUCUUUGACAGAAUAUGCCUCCUUUCGAAUGGAAACACACUUUUCUUUGGAGAAACACUGGCUUGCUUGCAGCACUUCUCGGUUGCUGGAUUUCCUUGCCCAAUAAUGCAAAGCCCUUCUGAUCAUUUCCUGCGUGCAAUAAACACUGAUUUUGACCGAAUUAUAGCAAUGUGCAAAAAUUGGCAGGAUGAGCAUGGAGAUUUAUCAUCUGUUAAUAUGGACACAGCUGUUGCAAUACGGACCCUCGAAACCACAUAUAAGGCCUCGGCAGAUGCUGCUGCAGUCGAAAAUAUGGUUAUGGAGCUCUCUGAGAAGGAAGGCCCGCCUCUAAAAAGUAAAGGGAAGGCCAAUUUCGGGACCCAAAUUGCCGUUUUGACUUGGAGAUCUAUAUUGAUCAUGUCUAGGGACUGGAAAUAUUACUGGCUUAGGCUAAUCCUAUAUAUGCUUAUGGCACUCUCUGUCGGCACUGUAUUCUCUGGUUUGGGUCAUUCCUUGUCCUCUGUUGCGACAAGAGUUGCGGCUGUAUUUGUGUUUAUAUCAUUCACCUCUCUUCUGAGUAUAUCUGGAGUACCUUCACAUACAAAAGAAAUCCAGAUAUACAGCUGUGAACAAUCAAACCAGCAUUCCGGGGCUUUGGUUUUCCUGCUGGGGCAAUUAUUCGCCAGCAUCCCGUUCUUGUUUCUCAUAUCCAUCACAUCAAGUCUUGUCUUUUACUUCCUUGUUGGUUUGCGGAACGAGUUCAGCUUGAUGAUGUAUUUUGUGCUGAAUUUCUUUGUGUGUCUCUUAGUAAACGAAGGUAUGGUUAUGGUUUUUGCUUCCCUCUUGAAAGACAUCUUCUGGAGCAUCACGUCGUUGGUGGCUGUACAUGCAGUGAUGAUGCUCUCCGCGGGCUACUUCAGAAUGAGAAGUGAGUUGCCCGGGGCUGUUUGGACGUACCCGAUAUCGUAUAUAGCGUUUCAUACGUACUCAAUCAAGGGAGUGUUGGAGAACGAGUAUGUCGGGACAUCCUUUGCUGUGGGGCCCGAGAGGAGCAUAUCGGGCGAAGACGCGAUCCGGAAUGUGUACAACAUAUCCGCGGACAACCACAACGCCAAAUGGAAUCAUUUGUUGGUGUUGUUUCUUAUGGCAGUUGGUUACCGUGUUUUUGCUUUUGUUGUACUGAAAAUCUGUGGCCGGAAAAGGGUAUCUGGGCAUAGAGUUUCCCAUGGUAACAAACAUACAAACAAUCCCUAACAGAUGUAUGGAGGCUUAUACUCUCUGUGAAUGAAUUUUAUUAUAACAAAAAUGUACUGUUGGUUGCAUUUGUACAUGUUUUGCCCUUAUGUCUUCUCACCCCUCAAACUUCUUCAUUGCAUCUUUUUGAAUGUAGAUAACUAACUAUAUUUGCACAUAAUAAAUAAAAAAUAAAAAUAUGAUGUUUCAAAAUUAUAUUUUAGAAUGAAUCUAAUGAUACUUC